AUGACUCACGUAGAGACGCGAGCAGCCAACCUGGGUGGGAUCUCUGUGCUGAGUUCCUCUCCCGCUUUGGUUUGGUCUCAUGGGCUUGGUGGAUGCUGCGACUCCGAUGAACUCAGAGGAAUCGGGAGCAUUUUGGAUCCUGCAAAGCUGGGCCGUACAGUGUUGCGCUUGGACCUGCGUGGCCAUGGCCGCUCAAAGUCUGCCCAUGAAAACGUUGACCACCAAGAUGGCCACAAACAGUAUUUGUGGUCGGAGUUAGCGAAAGAUAUGCGAAGGGCUGCAGCUGACUCUGUUUCGCGAUCGUUUUUUGGAGGGGAAGCGCUCGGAGCGGCUGUGGCGCUGGAAGCAGCGAUUGCUGCACAGGCAAGUAAUUCAAUCGAUGCUCCUCCAGGACUGAUACUCAUGAGGCCUCCACAGAUGCUGGUUGAUGCGGCCAAAGGAUCUGUGGACCCAGCACUUCUUCAAGAAAUCCGUCGUAUUGCAGAGCUGGUCAUGGCUGACGGCUUCGAUGCUUUAGACAAAGAAGAGACCAGGGAGAAAGCUCCAUUUCUGGACGGUGCAGUUGCCACAUUUUCCAGUGUUGCGAAAGGGGAGCUUCAGCGCUUGAGACGGACAAUGGAUAAGGACGCCUUUGCAGCAGCACUGCGCGGUUAUGCUGCAUCUGAGCAACCAGGGAAGCAGCUGGCGGACCGAUUCAAGGAGGGUUUGGCCAAGUCAGCUCCAAGCAUGGCAGCAGAUGCCUAUGGUGUCCCGCUAUCACCAGGCUGCCCCGUUCUAAUUUUGGCAGUUGCGGCUGAUGAGCACCACCCAGUGAAGGCAGCAGAAGAGCUUGCAAGGAUGCUCCCAGAUUCUGAGCUGGAGGUUGCCAACAGCUUGGAGCACGCAAAAUCAACAUGGGCUGCUCGCAUUAACAAUUUUCUCCGCAAGGCCUGGAUGAAGGAGUUUCUGAGCAAGCGAGUAAUGCCGCAAUGA